AUAUGACUGUCGUUCCGCGUAGUAUCUCAUCAGUAUUCGAGCGAAUCGGGUCGAUUUAGUGCGCCGGCCGGAAGAUAGUGCUCUACACUCUAGCUACGAUCGAAAAAGUGACUCAGAGGCAAACGGAGCCGAAAUUGGUUCCCGGAAACAGUUUCGCGAAUCAUUUUGUGACGAAAUUUAGUGAUUGUUUUUGUUAUUGUUUGUGGAGUGUGAUUAGGAAAGGGGUUUAACUUUCAAAAACGUGCAAUGCAUCAAGCUUUUGAAAAUGCCGGUACCAGCAAGGGUCUGGAGGUGUGGAGAAUUGAGAAUUUUGAACCUGUUGCUGUUCCAAAAAAUUCAUACGGAAAGUUUUACACCGGUGAUUCCUACAUCGUCUUGAAUACCAAGCAAACCAAAAAUGGCUCCCUCUCGUGGGACAUCCACUUCUGGCUCGGGCAGGAAACCAGCGCGGACGAGGCCGGUGCGGCGGCCAUCCUCAGCGUCCAACUGGACGAUCGGCACAACGGAGCGCCGGUUCAGCACCGCGAGGUUCAGGACCACGAAUCGAAUCUAUUCCUCAGCUACUUCCCAGGGGGAGUCCGCUAUGCGGCGGGUGGCGUCAAGAGUGGUUUCAACGAGGUCGAAAUCAAUGCCGCUGGUGAGAAGCGACUGUUCCAAGUGAAGGGUUCGAAAAACGUCCGCGUCCGGCAGGUUCCGCUGGCGAUCGCUUCCAUGAGCAAGGGCGAUUGUUUCAUUCUGGAUGCCGGUUAUGACAUUUACGUGUACGUGGGGCCAAGUGCAAAGCGGGUGGAGAAAAUUAAGGCAAUUAGCGCGGCUUCGCAAAUCCGCGAUCAAGAUCAUGCUGGUCGAGCGAAUAUGCACAUAUUCGAUGAAUUCGCCAGUCCAUCAGAGCAACAACAAUUUUUUGACGUCUUGGGCGAGGGAUCUCCGGAUGAAGUUCCGGAAGAAUCGGAAAAUGACGAAUCAUUCGAGGAAAACGAUUCUAGGACUGUGACGCUGUACAAGGUAUCCGACGCCGAUGGCAGUCUUACCGUUACACCGGUCGGCGAACGUCCGCUCAAACAAAACAUGCUGGAAUCGAAUCAGGACUGCUUCAUUCUCGACACGGGAGCUUCCGGUAUCUUUGUGUGGGUCGGAAAGGGUGCGACUUCACAGGAGCGAGCACAAUCAAUGAUUAAAGCACAAGAGUUCAUCAACAGCAAAGGUUACCCCGUGCACACCCGCGUCCAUCGGGUAGUUGAAAAUGGGGAAACUACCGAUUUCAAACAGUAUUUCGCAAGUUGGCAGGACCAUGGAACUAUUCAUAGUCACUUGAUCAAAGCGGCUAUGGAUAACGACAGCUCCGAGGAUGGAGAGGAGCGAGAAUUUGACCCGGAGAUCUUACAUAUGUUCAAGAAAAAUGGUGGACGCGCCCUUGGAUUUAUGCCGGAUAAUGGUCAGGGUGAGGCGGAGAUUUGGCGCAUUAAGAACUUCGACCUAGAUCCGAUCGAACCUCAUACCUACGGUAUGUUCUUCGGAGGAGAUUCCUACGUCAUCAAGUACGAAUACAACAACAAACGGGGAGGACACGGAUACAUAAUUUAUUUCUGGCAGGGUAAGCAAUCAACGAUAGACGAAAAGGCCUCCGCCGCAAUGCACGCAGUUCGCCUCGAUAACGAACUGAACGGAAAGGCUGUCCAGGUGCGUGUAACCCAAGGCCACGAGCCACGACACUUCCUGAAGAUCUUCAAGGGUCAACUCAUCAACUUCAGCGGUGGGCAAGCUUCCGGUUUCAGAAACAUCCGUGAUCACGAUACGUACGAUGUCGAUGGAACGCGUUUGUUCCGCGUGCGCGGAACUUGCUCGGAUGAUACCCGAGCCGAUCAACUUCCGGAAACGGCCAGUUCGCUAGCUUCGGAUGAUGUGUUCAUUCUCGAGACGCCAUCUACAACCUAUGUCUGGAACGGUGUGGGAGCUUCCGAUAUGGAGAAAGAAAUGGCAGCGAAUAUUGUGGGCAUUAUCGCGCCCGAUCAGACUCCCGAAGUGAUCGAAGAAGGCUCCGAACCGGACGAGUUUUGGUCCGCUCUCGGGGGUAAAGGGGAUUACGACCGGGAGAUUGACCCUAACGGGGCACCUUUCUUGAACCCGCGGCUUUUCCACUGCAGAAUUCUGUUCAACAAGCGACUGCGUGUGGAGGAAGUUCCCCAUUUCGAGCAAGAUGAUCUUAACGUUGACGAUGUAAUGGUACUGGAUGGCGGAGAUGAAAUCUAUGUGUGGAUCGGCAACGGAGCGACAGAGGAGGAACGCACCAAGUCGAUCGACAUGGCCAAACAGUACAUCCGGACGGAUCCAUCGGACAGGAACGAGGAUACCGUUCCGAUUGUUGUUCUGAAGCAGGGUGACGAGCCUCGUAGCUUCAAACGGCUGUUCCCUGUCUGGGAGGAUGCCCAUUGGGAGUUGCAACCAUCGUACGAGAGCAUCAGGCAGCACAUUCUGGACCAAAAUCAUCCACUUGAAUAACUGAGAAAAGCCUUUUGAAUCUCUUGUCGACGUAUUUAUUGUACUAUAUAUGUGUUUAAAUAAAGGAAGAUAUAUUUCUUCGUCAA